AGUAGAGCAUCUUCUGAAUCCUUUUCACUUCGAAAAUCUUCGGAUUUCUUGAAGCCUAAAAACUCAUACACGUCGGUCUGACGCAUUCAACAUCAUCUUCGGUCUAAGUAGCACUUUUAGCAUCACGAGUUUCAUCACGUAGUAGCAAUUAGUACGACAACAUUGGAACGGCAAUAAAAUAUAUUCCAGUAGACGACCACCUUUUUCCUCCUCGCGUCAUUUUACGCUCAAUCUUACCCGCAUAAAAAAAUACACUAUUCCACUUUUUGAAAAACUACCUUCUACUCUGCUGCUGAGAUUCGUAUCUCGCAUCUUCUACCCACACAAAAAAUCUGAAUUUUAGCCAACUACUGUUCCAUUACCGCCGAACUUUGUUCCCUCCAUUUCGAGAGCAAAGUUUUCCUGAAUAAGCCAGCCCGAAACAAAAGCCAAAUCGUUGUAUUCAAUGUUACUGACCGCCCAGACAGCCAACACCCAAGACUUGAAAAUGACCUCUCCCGCUCAGAAUGGCGCCCCGGCCGCUCCGGGUGCUGUGCCCCAGGCCGCGCCCGCCCCGACGGCGGAGGGUGGCGUCGCGAACGUGUGGAACGUCAUCUCCGGUGAUACCUUCGAGGUGUGCAUGGGCGUGAACAAGGGGCACGUGGACUUGAAGCGCAUCACCAUCGCGGGGAUUCUGGCGCCGCGUCUUGGGAUCAAGUCGCAGCAAGUGGACACGAAGGAUGAGCCCCUGGCCUGGGAAUCCAAGGAGUUUUUGCGGAAAAUGCUGUUGGCGAAGAAGGUGCAGUUUCGGGUUUUGUACAAGUCCGCGAGCGGUGUAUGCAAUACAACUUUCCAGUACAUGCACAAAGUGCAUCACAAAUUUCACCAAUUUGGACGGUAACACUUGUCAUGCUAAGCUAGGAUCGGAGCCAAGUUUUGUCAUGCAGAGACUGUGUGUGCACGUGUACGGGAAAUUUACUGUGGAUACGGGGACCGAGAUUACUACGAGGUCCGGAUUGCGGGCGAGAAGACGCACGUGGGGUUGAAAUCACUGUCCGCAGGAAUGAGCAAGAUCGCCCCGGGGAACCAGGUAGAGAUUUGUACUUUAUUUCUUGCUGAUGCAUGUAUGACAAUUUUUGGUAGUAGCAGUUUACUCUCAUGUGUAUUUUUUCUUGACCUGUACCUAACGCAAAGAUUUACAACUGAUGCAAAAGUUCAUUAUAUCAUCGCGAAAAUAAACAGCACAAAUUAACUUACGCUUACAAGUAGACGUCGCUUCUGUUACCCCUUAAUUGCUGGGUAAUACUACUACUACUACUACUCCAAAUUCAGGUGAAAUCCCUCAACCUCUACGCGGACUUGGAAGUCGCGGAGAACGAGGCCAAGUCACAGGCUCUCGGCGUCCACGCCGCGAUGGCCCCCGUCCGCGAGCUCGCCGCCGCGAACGACGAUCCGGACACGUUUUUGGCGCAGAACAAGGAGAAGCUCCGCCCCUGUGUGGUUGAAUUCAUCAAGGACGCCGGGGGCUACCGGGUGGUGUGCCUUCCCACGGUGGAGGACCCACGGUAUGUGACGGUGCAGGUCUUGCUCUCCGGAGUGCAGAACCCAAGCUUCCGAAGGUAUGUUUUUAUAUGGUGUUCUUAUAGUUUGUCAUGCGUUCUAGGCAGCUGGAGGCUCUCAUCUAAAUCUGUCAACAUGCACAAAUUUCAUAAAACUCCAUAAUCACAUAUUUUGUUCAACAUCGUCAUCCAAACAUAAAAACAGGGAAGCCGGGGGUGUUGAGGUGGAGUCACAACCCGGAAACGGUGCCUUCUUCGCCCGCGCGUUUGCCAUGGAGCGGUUGCUCGGCAGGGAAAUCAACCUGCGAGUAGAAUCCAUUCAGAGACAAGGGGCGCCGGGGAGUCAGAACGUAUUUGCAUCUUAGCAUUCUUGCACGACAAGUGGUGAUUAACUCUAUAAUACAGUUCUGUUCCACAUGACGUUGACGUCAAGUUCGUAGAGGUGGUCAUGCAUUUUGUGAGCAUCGAUCGAGAUUGUUUAUUGUACUCAGCGGUCUACUAAAUUUGUGUUGCGUAAUACCGUUCCAUAGAAUUGCGCUACUUCCUCUAUUUCAGGUAUUCUUCCUCGGGUCCCUCGUCCACCCGGCAAAGGGCUCGAUCGCCGAAUUCUUCCUGGACGCCGGUUUCGGUCUAUACGUCGACUGGUCCGCCCAGCGCUGCUUUUCCGGCCCGGAACAGCUCCAAAACGCCCAAAAACGGGCCCAGGACUCGCGGAAGGGAAGGUGGAAGAACUGGGACGGCAGCUCCGAUUCCUUGGAUUCCUUCGAGUUCAACGGAAAAGUCACGGAGAUCUGCUCCGGGGAUGUCUUGCGCAUUGUCAACACGGAAGCGCCGGAUCGCAACGAACGAAGGUAACAACAAGUACCUACUGUAUAUCAUUCUAGCCUGAUCUACUUCAUCUUGAAAAAGUACUAGGGACUAGCUCUCCCUCCCAGGAUCUUAUGACCACACUACGUUUUGGUUUUGCCCUCGGCACCUAGCGUCUUACACCAACAUGAUCUGCGUCGUGCCCCUAUGUAAAAAUGUUGCAUUCGAAAAGCGCAUUUCUUUGUAGAGGCGGAGCGUCGAAGCGUAGUUCAAGUUUUGAGCGUUUAAAUCUCUGUGAUUAGACAACACAACAUCACAUGUCCUCUACUUUUUCUAUUUGAGAACAACAACUGGCUGUCUAUCAGGUACUACCUCGCCUCCGUCCGCGGCCCGCAGAUCACUCGUGGUGGCAACAACCAAGACGGCUGGGGCCCGGCUGUUGUGGAGUACAUGAGGAAAAAGUGCAUUGGAAAGCAGUUCAAGGUCCGGUUGGAGUACAAAAAAAACAUCUCUGUCUUCGGAGAAGGGAAUGCCCACCCGCCUGCGAGUAACGAAAAAACGGGUGAUAUGUACUUCGUGACCCUUACCGACGCAAACAAGAAAAACAUCGCGGUCGAAGCGGUCGAAUCCGGUAUGCUCAAGGUCUUGGCCAACUCUGGUGGGGCGGAGAGCAUGAACGAGCGAUCGCGCGACUUCGAUGCUUUGAUGGAAGCAGAGCAGGCAGCGAUCUUGGCCUCGAAGGGGAUGCACGCUGGGGAAGAAAAGGCGCCGAAGCAGCCGGUACUUCUAGGGGGAUUUUUUUUUGUUUUUUGUUGAGCGAGAAGUUGACGAGAACUGUCCAUUGGUUCCGUUUAUCAGUCUCAUUCAUCAACAUCAAGAGUGAUUUUUACGUCGUUGUCAUACAACCACCAUACAAUUCAUCAACAUCUUCUCCAGGUCUACACCGAGCUGAUCCUCCAGCCGCCAAAUGCCCCGAAGUCCCGUAUGAGACUGCACAACUCCCCCUCCUUCUCAUUUGUCAUGCAGGCGCUCUCUGCAUGACAGAAUUCGGAAGCGCGCCAAACAGUACUACACUAGAACUAGAACUGCAUGAUGAACUUGUCAUGCGUAGGCUCCACGUGUACUGGUUUCUGUUUUGCUGUUCAUGCCAUACAAAUGAGGGGGAGUAGUUGUGCACUCUCAUAUCCCGCGGCCCCACCACCAAAAAGGAGCUCACCGAGCGCGCCAAGGCGUUUGAGUCCCAGCUGUGUGCCAACAGGAACGGGCACGACGCCACGGUUACGUAUCUGAUGAACGGUUCCAGGAUGCGGAUUAAACUCAUCCACGAGAAGAUUCUCAUGAACUUCCAGAUGAACGGCGUCCGCGCCCCCAACGCGGAGAGGCAAAUGCCGGCUACCUCCGCGAUGGCCGCCAACAUCCCGAAAGCCGAGCCGUUCGGGACGGAGUCGCUGCAGUUUGCCAGGGAACUGGUCAUGCAACAGGACGUGAAGGUGGUCUUGGACCGCGUCGACCCGGCGGGGACCUUUCAGGGCACGCUGUAUUUGAAGAAGGGCGGCAGCCAAAAGGGACCGGACAUGGCUACGAUGCUGUUGGAGAAGGGGUUGGCGUACUGCGAUCAGUGGUGCAACAACCAGAGCUACUUCACGAUCGAAAGCAGGGCAAAGACGGCGAAGUAUUGUUGUUGAUACAAUUUUUGAUAAAUACGCUCCUGAUUGUUCAUCGCUGCCACAUGAUGAUCUUAUGUUGACUCUGAUCUUAUGUUUGUCAUGCAAAUAACCCAAUAUCAGGCUUAACUACUGGUCCGUCGAGCAUGAGGACCUCUCUGCCGUCCAGGAGCAGACCCAGAACCUCGCGGGCCAGCCGGUGAAGGGUGAAAUUUCCCAGAUCAACAGCUUGGAUUCCUUCUACCUCAUUCCCGCGGGCGGCGCGCAGCUGAAGAUUCAGAACGAACUGAACCAGCAGAUCUCCAAGUUUGAAGAAGUCUCCCACCCGCAGAAGCGCUCUCUCUACGCCGUGCAAUACUGGGAAGACAAGAAGUGGUACCGGGGAAGGCUCGAGGGGAAGGGAACCGAGGGUCAGUUUUCCUUCUUCUUCCCGGACUUUGGCUACACGGCGGAUGUGGACAGUGUGAGAAAAAUCCCCGCGGGCAGCAGUUUGUUGACCACCCCUGGGGUUGCGAUGCACUGCGCCUUGUACGGCGUCAGAACGAACGACGAGUACUGGGAACAGGCCUGCGAAACCUUCUUCAAGUGCACGGAAAAGAAGACCGUGAACGGUAAUAUAGCUUUAGCAAAUGAACUGCGCUUGCUUUGCAGACGUUGACGUAUGAAUAUUAGCAUGAGAAAAUUCUCUUUCACUUUCAGUUUCACCACUCCUGUAUCCGCAUGACAAAAUCUCAAAAUGUAAACUAUCCAGGCUCUAUCGAGAAGUCCGCUGGCGGGCAGUCGUACUGCGUUCUCUUCGCUUCCGGAAUCUGCGUCAACGAAGCCCUUGUGAAGGACGCCGUGGCCCGAUUGACCAAGAAGGAGAGCAAGCCGCUUUCUGUCGACUACAACCAGUGGAAAAAGGCGGAGACGGAGGCCAAGCGCGGCCGCGCCAAGAUGUUAUGAACUGCAAAAGUAUCGUACUCGUAUUGUAAUCAUGCAUUACAAAUCCUGUUCUUUAGGCAAAUUAGCAUCUGAAAUUUUAUUUCUCAUGCUGAGGAAAUCGAAAUUUGCAAUGCAUCUAUACGAGUACGAUACUUUUGCAAUUCAUAGAUGUGGCGCUACGGAGAUGUCGGCUCGGAUGACGAGGACUACUAG